CCGGGGGGGGGCUGCCGCACGGCGCGGGGCGAUGGCGCCUGUGUCCUCCCGCGGCUGCAGGGCACCGGCCUGCGUGACGGGGAGCGGCAUGGAGGAGCGUGAGGCGGCCCUUCCCGCCCGGGGAGCUGCCGGGCCGGGCCGGGCCGGGCCCGCGCCGCCCUGCGAGGCUGAACCGGAAGGGCGGUGGAAGUGCUUGUAUCUUUGGUGGCUUGAACUGACCCUCAGGAGGGGAAGCUGACUCAGUCUCAAGAGAAAGCAUUAAACUCGUUGGGUAUUUGGAGAACCAUAUUUGCUGCUGUUCCUGGACCGACAUAAAGACAUCAGUGGAGCGAUAGCCUAAAGAUGGGAGAUCAAGAUGCAGGUGAACCCUUUCUGGGUAUAGUGGCUGGUGACUGCGAAGGAGUUCUGCCCUCUGACACAGUGUCACUCAGCGAUUCUGAUUCCGAUGACUUUGGGUUAGCAGAAGAAGCUGAAGUUGAUACAAUAUCUCCAGAAGAGCUGUCUGUAGAUGAUGGGGGUUACAGAUCAGGGGAGACCUCUGACUCUUCCAACAGCAGUCAUAAAUCUCCCAUCCAGCCAUUCCACUUGAGAGGCAUGAGUUCUACGUUCUCUCUCCGUAGCCAGAGCAUUUUUGAUUGCCUGGAAGAGGCAGUCAAACUCUCUGUGCCCUCAAUGCCUGAAGAUAAUGUUGUUGAUGGCAGGUUUAAACGUCCUUUGCCUCCAACUACUGUUUCCAGUAACAUGGUUCCAGAAAGCCCUGGAAAGCAAACCAAACCAGUGCAGGCUCCCAAAAUUUCUGCUGCAGUCCCUGACUAUGUGGCACACCCAGAGCGCUGGACCAAGUAUAGCCUAGACGGUGUUUCAGACUCUAGUGACAAGACUAACAGGGCAGUGGCCAUGGAAUUUUUAGAGGGUUUGAAGAAAAGAGAGGAACAAAACUCAGCUGGCCAAGAUAGCUACACCCCAUACUUCAACCAGGACCCCUCCAGCUGUGGUGCUGGAAGGAUUGUCUUCACCAAACCAACUAAAAGGGGUGUUGAUGGACUGGAAAAGAAAAUGUCAGCAGGAGAGGAUGAUAAGAAACACACAAAAACAUAUCUGAGAGAAAAAUCUCCUAAGAAGACUGAUGACUUGAGGGAGGAGGAUAAGGUAGAGUUGGAGCAUUUAGAUGGUGGAAGUGGGAAGGCAACAGAAGAGGAGGGGUGCCUGAUGAUGGGGGACCUAAAUAGAGACAGUAAACUCAGUGCAAGGUUUAGUGAUGCAGAUGAAGAGCCAUUGGUGGAAACGGUUGGAUUCCAUUGCAGUAAGAAGAGGAACAGGAAAAAUUUCCGACCUAAAGUAGACCACGAAGAGGAAGAGUCCUGAAUGGUGGAGCAAACCUGGAGACAUCCAAGGACUUGCAUUGUUCUGGGAGAUCACCUUUGGAUAUGCUUGCUUUUUUUUAGCCCUUUUUUUUGUCAGGAAACCAGGUGAUAAUUUUUUAUCUAACAGUUUGCAUCAUAGCCUCCAAGUCCACUUUAUACUGUUACAAAUUAAGCUACCCAAAGUCCAUUCCAGACUUUUUGUUCUUGACUGCGGGCACAGGAUAACUGCACCUUAGCAGGAGAGAAAGUAGUGUGCUUUGUUUACUUGAACAGCUCUCUGGGGCUUGCUCUGGAGCUGUGGAAGUCCUGGGCACCAAAGAAAAAAUGUUAGCUUAAAGGCUGCAAGGAGGAUAACGAAGUAAGUCAUCCUACUCGGCUACAAAUUUUAACUGUCCCCUAGUGCUGUAGACUCCUGGAACAAAUGUGAUGAGCUCAUUAUGUAGAGAUUAAAAAAAAAAAACAAACUAGUCUUCCACUGGAUUUGAUUUCUCCUGGCCCUGUCCCAGGAAGGAAAACCCUCUUUUUUUUUAAAAAAAAACAUCCUUCCCCGUUGCCAUUGAGAGUGAAAGCACAGUGGUGCCCAGUCAUGAUUUUCCAGGGUACAGGUGGGAAUUGGCAGACUGAAUUUUUUUAAGGUGGUCUUACUAUUUAACUUAUUUAGUAGUGUUAUAUGAUAAAGAUAUAAAGAAACGCAGUGCCUCCUGGGGACAGGAACAACUUUGGAACCAUCCUGGUGAAGACAGACUCAGGACAGCUUUGGCCAAGUCUCACCAUGUUGAGUAGGUUAGAAUUUGCAACAACUUUGGGAUCAGUUGGGCAACAGUUUUUUCCUCUCAGUGGUAUGGUGUGAUGUAAUGAUUUUUGGCCUGCAUAUUUGUAUAUGUGUUCCAGGCGCCACUGCUUACAUAUUAAUUCCUUGUGUGGAUUUGAAUGGAAUGAGGUACUUGUACCAGAACUGGAUACUACUUCUGUUCUCUGGGUAUCAAUAAACUUUCAGUUGUAGCUGGA